AUGACCCGUGUAAAAACAAAAGACGGGAAAGAAGAAUCUUCAGGAUUUUUAUUUGAUUCAAUUUUCAAAGAGCAUCUUUUAACUUCGCUCACGCCGAGGUUGUCCCAGUUUUGGGGUGUGGAAAAUUCAUUUUUUCUUGUUCUGAUUUGUCAUGUUAGAUUUACUAGAGUACAAUUUUCAACGAGGUGUGUAAAAUAUCAAAUAAUUCCAAAACGAUUAUCAGCGACAUUGAAAAUCCAACAUAAAUUUUACUUCAGGAUAUUUAAUUUGCUCUUAACUGGAUAA